AUGAUCACGAAUCCCCGCAUUAAUAUUUUCACCACAUUACCAUCGGAACUGAUUCUCCAAAUUUUUGAAUUUUGUAGCGGAAUAGAUUUACUUCAAUUGUAUACUACAAGUUCCAAAUUAAGAAACGAUUUCAUGAUGAUGGAAACGUUGGAGAAUGAUCCAAAUCACAUGGAAAUGACUACCAUUUACAAUUUUGAAUUAAUGAACAAGUUAUUACCUUCCCGAUCGUGUUAUCAUCAAGCAAUAUUAUUAAUUUCUCCUCCAGGAAAUUUAAUAUUUAAAAUUGCAUAUUAUGAAUAUAUCAAAGAACGUGCAGAAAAAGCUUGUCAUGAAAUGAAACAUGAAGAAGGCACAGUCCAUCCAUCUGUCAGUGGAUUAAAUUUACCAUCAUUUGAAACGAAUAUGAGUCUUUUGAAUGGAUUGGGAUAUAAAUCUGUGAAAAUUGCCUGUGUGGGACCUUCCAAAAGUGGGAAAACAAAGUACGUGAAUUGUGUGACUGGACAAUCACAGUUUGCUGAGGAUCGACAGGGAGUUGGAGCGUUUGUUCGAAAUAUGCAAGUCGUCUUUCAUUCUUAUUUGUUUCAGUUGGAGAUUUGGGAUAUUGCUCGAUCGAAAGGAAUGGAAAGGAUUUUCAUGAGUCACAGCGAUUUUGUCAUGUUUUGCUUUGACUUGAAUCAUGUACAAAGUUUUCUAGAAAUGUCCAAAAUGAUCGAAGAUUGGAUGAUUGAUCGAUUUGCAAGUUUCAGUAAUUUUGAACUUAAUGAGCACUUGCUUGAGAAUCGAAUGUAUAUGUGCAUCAUUGGAAUGAAGAAUGAUCUACCAAGAAAGGUAACGAAUGACAUGAUUCAACAAUUAUUGAAUUCGUUUAGCAUGCAAGACUUGAGAAAUUGUCGAAUACAAUAUUUCGAAUUAAGCACCAAGAAUAACACUGGAAUGUAUCUUCCAUUGUUUCACAUGUUGAGAACUAUGGAGAAUGACAUUGCAUAA